AUGGAUGAUGAAAUACCAGUUCGGGGUCGGUCAAGGGCAGAAGGGAGGACUAUCACUAAUCUUCAUCAUUAUCGUGCAGAGAUUUUUUAUGUAGCUAUUGACAAAAUAUGUGUCGAGAUGGAUCACCGCUUUAGUGAAGGAAGUAACAUUAUCCUUGAUUGUUUCUCAUGUCUUGACCCCAAGAACUCCUUCUCCAAGUUUGAUGUUGAUAAGCUUGCCCGUCUUGCUGAUAUUUAUCAUGAAGACUUUUGUGAUGAUGACCGUCGAACAAUAAGGGAUCAACUUGAAACUUAUGUUCUUCAAAUGAAAAGAAAUGCUUCAUUUUUUACUUGUGAAGAUGUUCAAAGUUUGACUAUAAAUAUGGUUCAAACUGAUAAACAUUUGAUCAACGAUGUGUGGUUCAAUGAUUUGAUGGUAUGUUACACUGAGCGGGAGAUAUUCAAGUCACUUUAUGAUAUUGACAUUAUUCGGACAUUCACCGCAAAGAAGUCUCAGAAAGGACAUCUGCCUCGUGAUUUUAUUUAA